AAUUUCUCCUUGAUAAGAAAUUAAUUUGCUCAGCAUUCCUCAAUUUAUUAACAAUAAUGACUACUGCUUCCAAUAGACCUAAAGUAUUACGUAUCGGUUCCGUUGAGUUUGCUCAAGAGAAAUGGGCCAAGUUAAGUGAAAUUGCUGACGUUAUCGAAUGUACUUCCCGUACCAGAGAAGAGUUCUUCCAAGAUUUAGCUGGUAAGUAUAAUGAUAUUCGCCACAUCACAAGAACAUUCGCCAGUGUUGAACAAACCGGGAGAUUUGAUGAAGAAUUGGCCCUGCAUAUUCCUGCCAGUGUUGUCUCCGUUAGUCACAAUGGGGCUGGUUAUGAUCAAAUCGAUGUUGAUCCAUUUACUGCUAGAGGUAUCCAGGUGUCUAACGUGACUGAGCCAGUGGAAGGUCCAACCGCUGACACUGCUGUUUUCUUGGUGUUGUCGUGUUUGAGAAACUAUCAAGAAGGUCAUGAUAUUUUGGCUAGAGGUGGCUGGGAUGAAAAGAAAUGUGGCGGGGCUAAGUUAGGUAGAAGUCCUGAAAGCAAGGUUGUCGGAAUUUUGGGUAUGGGUGGUAUUGGUAGAGCUAUUAGAGAUAGAUUGAAGCCAUUUGGAUUUAAGAAAAUUAUUUAUCACAACAGAUCUCAAUUGAAACCGGAAUUAGAAGCUGGUGUCGAAUAUGUUUCUUAUGACGAUUUGUUAAGUCAAUCUGAUAUCAUUUGUCUUAGUAUUCCACUCAAUGCCAAAACUAGACAUUCCAUCAAUAAGGAAGUUAUUUCCAAGAUGAAGGAUGGUGUUAUAUUGGUUAACACUGCCAGAGGUGCUAUCAUUGAUGAAAAGAUAUUACCCGAAUUGAUCAAAUCAGGAAAGAUUGGAUCAUUCGGAUCGGACGUGUUUGAAAACGAACCACAUGUAUCUCCUGAGUUAUAUGAAUUACCAAACGUGGUUAGUUUGCCACAUAUGGGAACUCAUACUACUGAUGCUAUCAGGAAUAUGGAAGAAUGGGUUGUAUCCAAUGUGGAAACAUGUAUUCAAACUGGUAAAGUCAAGACCAUUGUACCAGAGCAAUACAACUUGAAGGUUUAGAACAUUCCACUGUAUACGAUAUUUAGAAAGGAAAACAAUAAACAGUGCACACACACACACACACACACACACGCAUCAGCGUACAUAAAUUAAGUCACGUCGCACCGAGGUUCCGAUUCCGGCUAAUUAACUUAAGUAAGCUCAUCUGGCGCGACAGCCACGUAAUGCCGCGGGGUGUAACCAAUUUAGGAGAUUGUAAAUGACUUAUAGAUUAAUGGAAAAGAAAUGAAUGUCACCAUUUAUAGG